UUUUUUUGUAUUCUCCUUCUCCUUCUCAGUCACUCUCAGCAUCGAUGGGUUUGUUGAUUUCGCACCAUCGUGGACCAGAUGGCGUAACGCCCGCCUUGGUCGUCCCAGUCCCGGCAGAGACCGCGUCGUCCACAUCGCCACCCGUGGAUCUCCCGCUGGGCCUGGCCGUCAUUCCCGUGCCGCAUGGCGACCCGACGCUGGGCGACAACGUGCGGCAGUACCAGCUCGUCAACCGCUGGUGGCACGAGCUCGAGCUGCGCGAAGCAGUCUACUUUGUCGUGCCCGUGGCUGCUGGUCUCUGGGGUGCUCGAUGGCUUCUCACAGGAUACUCGCGGCGAUUCGCGCAGCACGUUUACCGACGCAAGAUGGCACAGGGUUGGCAGGCACCGCAACCGCCAGCCAAGCAACCUCUUUAUGCAUGGAAAGUCCCACAUUCGUCCGUUCUUGGGACUAGUCGGAGUAGCAGUAGUAGCAGCAGUAAUACUGGGAAUGCUCCACCAUAAUGUGACUACAACCCAAAUACAUGCAUUACAUCCGA